AUGACUGAUGCUGGCGACUUGGCUUCCGUCAAGGACGCUGACCGGCUUAUUGCCAUCAUCGGGGACGAAGAUACCGUAACUGGCUUCCUUUUGACUGGAAUAGGCGACCGAACACGCCCGACUGACCCGACGUACCUGGUGGUGCGUCGCGACACCUCCGACGCGACCAUCGCUGAGGCGUUCGAGCACUUCACUCGCCAACGCAAAGAUGUUGGGAUGGUUUUGAUUACGCAGAAUAUAGCGAAUAGGAUACGGAGCAAUAUUGAAGGCUACACCGGGCGUGUCCCAGCGGUCAUCGAAAUACCUAGCAAGGAUCAAGUCUAUGAUCCGAGGCAAGACACACUUAUGCAGCGUGUGCAACGUCUUCUGGGUAUUCGCGACAGGUAG